CGCUUCCGGGUGGCCGCGGCCGCCAUGGCGGUUUGCUGGCUGCCAACCCCAACAACCCCGUGGUCCUUCUUCGAUGUCAGCAUCGGCGGGCAGGAGGUCGGCCGCAUGAAGAUCGAGCUGUUCGCUGAUGUGGUGCCCAAGACGGCGGAGAACUUCAGGCAGUUCUGCACGGGGGAGUUCAGGAAAGAUGGUGUCCCUAUAGGUUAUAAAGGGAGCACUUUCCACAGGGUAAUAAAGGAUUUCAUGAUCCAAGGAGGUGACUUUGUCAAUGGGGAUGGCACUGGAGUAGCCAGUAUAUACAGGGGCCCUUUUGCAGAUGAAAACUUCAAGCUGAAACACUCUGCUCCUGGGCUGCUCUCUAUGGCAAACAGUGGCCCCAGCACCAAUGGCUGCCAGUUCUUCAUUACGUGCUCCAAGUGUGACUGGUUGGAUGGAAAACAUGUUGUGUUUGGUAAAAUUGUCGAUGGGCUGUUGGUGAUGAGAAAAAUUGAAAAUGUGCCUACAGGUCCAAAUAACAAACCCAAGCUGCCAGUUGUCAUCUCUCAGUGUGGGGAAAUGUAGAGCAAUCAAAGAGAUCUGAGAAAGCAGAACAUCCGUGUGUUGGGCAAGCAGGGAUGAAGCAAACAAGAGGAGAAAGAGAGGACCUGGGUCUCCUUGCUCAGUACAGCCAUAAGAUUGCUACCACUGAAGGACCAUGGAGUUCUCAUGUUACAUAGUUUUACCUUUGCUGAAAAAAAAUUACCACUGUCCUCAUCUCAAGGGAGAUGUUUUCAGCAUUUACGUGCUGAAGCUUUAGAAAUGAAGCUUGAGAAAGGUUGAUGUUGGUUGAACAACCAAGGCUCAAGACAGAGCUCAGGCUAACCUACAAUACUCUGUUUCCAUUGGUCUGCCCCCUUCACUAUGAAACCACAAGCAUUUCAACAGAUCUCUAGAUUGCAUUGUGUCAGGCUGCAGCUUGUAAAAAAUCUGCUGUAUUAGCCUUUUGGUUGCUGAUUUUUCAAAUGC